GACCAGCGCUAGCUGUCCAAGCUCCAGCUCUCCUUCCACAGGCAGUACACGGCACUGAGGAAAGCGAUGAGGUGCCGGGGCGCACCAUCGAAGUGAACCGCUGCAGGCGGAGAAACCCCAAUAAGCUUAUAAAAAUCAAGACGAACAUAGAUGUUUGUCCUGAGUGUGGAAACUUGAAACAGAAACACGUCCUUUGUGGCUAUUGUUAUGCAAAGGUCAAAGCAGAAACUCGACUGAUCCGGAAGGAAAUAUAUAAACAGGAAGGAGGGCCAUUUAAAGCUCCAACUGUGGAGACUGUCGUCCUGUAUGAUGGAGAAAAGCCCACAGAAAAGGAUGCAGGCAAGAGGAUCAUUGAAAGAGCCAGGAAGCGCCCAUCUUGGUUCGCUCAAAAUUGA